UAUGACUCGCUGUCUGGGGGUGAGAGAGAGAGACACACAUACACACACUCACACACACACUUAAAUACCAAAGAGAGAAACCCCCUUUCACUAAAACUUUCUCUCACACAAACACACAUCUCCAUUCAGAGACCGCACCACUGCAGUACUUCUCAUUAAGACCAGGACAUACACACACAUUUACACACUUACUGUCUUAUUCUGCUCAUGGCUUGUUGGAUGCAACUGCCGACUUGGAGAGGACACCAGUGGAGACUCAUCCAGCAUUUCCUCCAGAUGACCCUCCUGCUCUCCCUCCUGUGCCCACCCACAGAGCCUGUUCCCUGGGACAACGACUCCAGCAGCGGCCCUGGAGAGGGCUGUGAGGGUUUCCAGGUGGAUGUAUGUGGUGUUUGCGCAGGAGAUGGGAACUCAUGUGAGCUGUUCAGCGGGACACUCUUUCUUUCUGUACUCUCUGUUGGCUACCACAAGAUCCUGGACAUCCCCUCUGGAGCUCAACGAAUCAAAAUACAGGAAACACACAAGACCAGGAACUACUUAGCUCUCAGAACAGCGACUGGUGAAUCAGUGAUAAAUGGUGACUGGGUAAUCGAUAGUCCUGGUCAUUUCUAUGCCGCGGGUACUCAGCUCACAUACAAACGGCCCAAUGAGAUACGCAGCAGAGCGGGAGAAUCCAUCACUGCUCCUGGACCAACCAAUCAGGAGCUGCAUCUCUUUGUGAUUUAUCAACAGCCCAAUCCAACCGUGUAUUAUGAAUACAUUCUACCCAAAGACCCCAUCACUGACACUUAUUCAGAUGCCUAUUCUUACUCUAGUGUACUUCCUCUAGUAGAGAGUCAUGUAAUAUUUCCUGAUCCUGAGAAUAGUGACGGUGAAAGUUCAAUGGGCAGCCCUCAUCCUAACCAAGUUCCAACGGACCCUGUAACUCCUGAACCAGUUCCUCAGUACAGCUGGGUUGCCAUGACAACAACACCCUGCAGUGCCACCUGUGGAACAGGAAGUCGUCAAGUUCUGUUCAGCUGUGUGGAAAGAGCCACUCAAACUACUGUACCGGGGGAUCUCUGUAGCUACACCAGUCAUUCUGGCCCCCAGGUAGAAGAGUGUCAAUCGCAGCCUUGUCCAGCCUUUUGGGAUGUAGGGGAGUGGUCUGAGUGCAGUAAGACCUGUGGUCCAGGUUUCCAGUAUCGUCAGGUGAUUUGCCAGCGGACGCAGGGACACCAUGGCAAUAGCACAGUCGUUGUGGCGACCAGCCUCUGCGAUAACACAGAAAUGCCAGAGACGACCACUGUGUGCCAGCUCAAGAUCUGCAGUGAGUGGCAGAUCCGCUCAGAGUGGACAGAGUGCUCAGUGCCAUGCGGAGUAGGUCAGCGCAGAAGAGAAGUCGUAUGUGUGGAUAACCUGGGUGACAUCGUUUCUGAUGAGGAAUGCAAUAUGGCGCUUCGCCCACAGGACCUGCAGAACUGUGACAAAGGAGUGUGUGCCAGCAGCUGGUUCUAUUCUCUGUGGAGUGAGAGGUGUUCUGCAGACUGUGCGGAAGGAAGUCGCAGCCGGUCAGUGGUGUGUAUGAUGAGUCAGACCAACUCACUGCCACUGGACAACUGCGAUGAGGAGGAUAAACCCGACAAGCUCAUGCCGUGUGACCUGGGUCCCUGCACACAGCGACUGGAAUGGUACACAGGAGCGUGGGGACAGUGCUCAUCUGAAUGUGGCAAUGGUACCCAAAGUCGAGGUGUGGUCUGUGUUGUCCAAAACAAUGGCCAAUUAGAAGUCACCUCAGAUGACCGCUGCUCUCAUCUGCCCCGUCCUCCGAGUGGACAGACCUGCUAUUUGAAGAGUUGUGGUGCGCAGUGGUACAUGACAGAGUGGAGCUCGUGUUCUCGUUCUUGCGAGGGAGGCUUUCGAGUGAGGGAGGUACGUUGUUUGCAAGAUGAUCUGACCACAAGCCAUGACUGUGAUCCUGCCCUUGAACCUGCAAAUCAAGAGAAGUGUAACACACACACCUGCACGCCACAGAUUGAUGAGUCCUGCAGGGAUAUGUACUAUAACUGUGUGGUGGUGGUCCAGGCUCGUUUGUGUGUGUACUCAUACUAUCGCACCACAUGUUGUGCAUCAUGCUCUCGGGUCAUUCAGAGAGACACACUGCAUAGAAUCAGGUGAUCCUGUCGUCUUCUUGGGAUGUGACAUCACCGCUCUCCUUUCUUUGAAUUAUGAUGUCCUUGUCUCAUCAUGACACCAUUGCCCACCUGUUUUCAGCUGGAUCUGACCCUGAGAUGACAUCACUGUUCAUCACCUCUGUCUUUUACUUAAAAAGACUUAAAGUAUACAUUCACUGCCCUUCUUUAAAACACAAAAUGAGAAUGCUCCAUGAGCAACUGAAUAUUUAUUGCAAAUAAAAACAGCUGAGCCUCUUCAUCAUGUUCAGUAAUGUCUAAAAAUGAACAUUGACAGAUUUUAAAUCAAUCUUCAUAUUUCAAUGUUAAUUUAUGACUAAUAGCUUCUAAAGAUUCUGUAUGAACUCUUUACAUAAUACAUUCUUAGGUGGGGUUUAAGCAGACUAAAUAAUUAGAGUCUACUGUGUUCACCAGAAGAUCGAGUUUUGAGACUUUGAUUAAACAUUGAGGUCAAAACAUUUAUAACAUGCAUUAUAAGACUUGGUGAAUUUUCACUUCAUGCAGACUUUAAAGGCCUGUUUUUAACUACUUUACAUUUAAGACUUCUAUGUAAACAGCCUCUUUUGUAUGUGAAAUGAAACAGUGCUUAUGUUGUUUGCUUAAUUUUGACAGAUUAUCUUUUUGGACUGGGGAGGUUUUGGAUUUUUUGAUAAUGUGAUUUGUCCUGAUAUGACCCCUUUAAGAGGUUACUUCAGUACAAACAGAACAGACUAGCCAGAAAUGCACACAUGCUUUAGAAUGUCCCUCUCACAAUGAUGAUGAGAACUUUCACUGAUGAUGAAAGUGAAUUGUAAAAUAAAGGAAAGACGUGUUCCUUCAGUGAGACACUCUAUUUGCUAUAAGGGGUAAAAAACUGAAGGGACAAACAAGAACAUAAAAUGCUAUGAAAAUGCUGUAUAUUCACAGUGGUGUUCAUACUGUGGAAAUGGGAAUAGAAUGAACCCCUGUUUCCUUGUUAGAUAAUAAAGUCCAUUAUAAAUUAAAAGUUAUAAAAGUUAUUAUUGUUAUUAACUCAUUAAAAACAAUAUGGUAUUUAUGGGAAAACAUCCAAGUGCCAUAUUUCAAAAUAGGUAACAAAUUUCCAGUGACAAUAUUGAUAUAAUAAUAGUCAUUCUUGUAAUAUUCAUAGUAUUCAUUCGUGCAAUAAAAAAGCAUGCUUGACAAAUAUGACUCAUAUCUUUCAUGAAAACUGAAAAAAAAACUUUUAAGAUCAAAAAUCGCAUCAGACAAAUUGUUUCUGGUAAUACUUCAAAAAUGUUCCAUUUGUUAUCACUAGUUGACUAUAUUACUUAACAUUAACUAACAAUGAAAAAUAAUACGCUAAAUAAUAAUAUUCUAAAGCAUUUCUUAAUCUUAAUGUUAAUUUCAACAUUUACAAAAAAUUAAAUGUUGAAUAUCUGUUAUUCUUAUAAUCAAAUCAAAUCAAAGAAAAAAGAUUAAUAAAUACUGUAACAAAUUUGCCCUAUAUGUCCAAAACUAAUUUUUUCAUGAAAAAAAAUUAACAUACUAUUUUACUUAAACCAACAUUUGGUUAAAAUCUCAUGUUAUAAAAGACGUGCCCCCGCUAUCCAGGAUAUUUAAGGAGUUUUCAUCUUUGCUUAUUGCUGGUUAAUUUUAGUUCAUUCAUUUACAUUAACUAAUGGGACCUUAUUGUACAGUAUUACCAUUUUUCCUUAAAACGAAAUUUGUUCGAAUUUAAAAAGCUUACUAUUUGUUUGCAUAUGUAAACAUAUGUUCACACUGUGUAACUGUAGUCAUAUGUACAAUCGCAGUCACAGAACGGUGAAUAAAAAGCUGUUUGUAGAACACUCAUCCACCCUACUAAUUUCAGGUUCAAUUAAAUUUGUUUGUAUAUAGCCUUUCAUGAUACAUAUUGUUCUAAGCUUAAUAGAGAAAGGAAAAAAUCCCUUAUGCUUCCUUGGAAAGAACCAAGGCUCUGGAGAAGACCACCUCCUCAGGUUCUCAUACUUAUAUUUAUACAGCAACAUAAAGCAUGUCUGGCCCUUUCCUGAAUAGACAAAUGCUGCCCUCUUGUGGAUCAGAGCAAGAAGAAAAAGGACACUUCUGUAUACUAUAUUGUAACUUAAGUGUAUUACUUUAAUAUAUCUGACUUAAUAAAUUAAUAAAAUUAAUCUAAUGUUUCAUUUUAUUUACAAGAAUUUCUCAAAAUCUUUAUCCUAAAAAUUAUUCUAUAAAUCAGAAAAGUAACCAAAAGCAGUAUUUUUGUCCCACACCAUUGAAUAUUUUAUAUUUAUAUUUGUUAAAUGUUUCAAUACAUUUAAUUUGUCACAAUAAUUUUUGUCAUUUAUACUCACUUGUCGCUUAUUGAUUAUCAGUUGCAGAGUUUUAACUUAGUUUUCUUAAAUCGAAAGCGGUUGAAAAGGUGCAAUUACCUAGUCACUGCAGGUUGUAAAUUUGGCAAAAUAUUUAAUUUAAGACAACAAUCAUACUUCACUGUUAAAUCAAAACUUAAAAAAAAAAUAAAAAAAAUUUUUUUAUAAUAUAUAUAUAUA